AUGGCAAAUAUUGUUGCUGCUAGAGAAGGCAAUGAGUUAUUCAUUAAAACGCGAAAAAUUUAUCAGGUAAAAAAAGUGAAUAAUCCCUUUGUUCUUGUUGCAGUGAAAUAUUUGAGAGAAGUGACCCCCUACUUCCGGAAGGCUUCGAUCAUACAGGAAGUGGGAUGGGAAUUGCAACGCGGUUUCCUAAGUGCAACCCCACCACCACCGAAGUCACCUCCAAGAGCGGACACUCGUUAUCUUCCCCUACAACUGUGCCGGCUGACGAGAUCGCACCCUUCAGCGGAUCCCGAGAGUCGAAUUUUGGAACUUCAUUCUCCAGAUGGAGUGCACGAGUGUUGGCUGAGAGCUUCUGACAAUACGGAGGCGAAUGUCUGGUUCAAUGCUCUACAUUCGGCACUGGCAGCACUUACCUUGAAAGCCCUAAGACUGGCUUCAGCACUUCCGGAUCCUCCGCAACUUCAGCACAUCGGCUGGCUCGCCAGGAGGCACUGUGUUCAGAAUGGAAGAGCGAGUAGUGAAAGUAGUGAGGACGGAGUUGGAAGCAGUGCCAGCACGUCCCGUGGUGCCGGAAGUGGAUUUGGUACCGGGUGUGCCGGCGGAUGGCGAAGCGUCUUUGGCGCCGUUUCCGGUCGAGAACUCAGGCUCUACGAAUGCGCACCCUGGAGUCCAGAAGCGUGGGCGUCACCAAGUAUUACCUGUCCCCUUAUUGCCACGAGACUCGUUUCUUCGCCGACGAGACAAAAUGAGGCCUCGUCGAGCAAUUCGACGUUCCAUCAUGGAGCGACAUUUGCUGUCAGGGUCGGUACCAUUGAUGGGGUAAUAACCCACAAUCUACGGGCAGAAACCAGAAGAGAUUUAGCUGCGUGGGCCAGAGCCAUUGUUCAAGGCUGUCAUUCCGCGGCACUUUCGCUCCGUGAAUAUACAGUUCGAUGUGUCUGGCAAGGUAGGGCUUGUCAACUAAUUGUCAACCACGAAGAUGGUUUCACCCUCUAUGCGGCCGGAGCGAGAGGAGUUACUGGAUCUGGUGUCAGUCCUGGUUCACCACCUACUCCUCUGUGGCGGAGAUCUUUUGACAAACUCAAAAUGUCAGCUGACGAUGGUGCAAGACUACUCUGGCUUGACUUUGGUGGUGAAGACGGUGAAAUUGAAUUGGACCUGGAAAGCUGUCCGAAGCCAAUUGUCUUCGUUCUGCACAACUUUCUCUCAGCGAAGAUACAUCGCCUUGGAUUGACUGCAUAGGGGUACGAGGGGGCCCCUCUCGAGGCCCCCGAUCUACCUCCCCACACAACUAGGUCUGUAACUAGCGUCUUUUUACAUUAAAAACAAAAAAAAAAAAAAUUACAAACCGAUAUAAAAGUAAUUGAAGAGAGAAAAAAAUCGACGAUAUAUCAGAUCGGGUGGCCGCCUUGUGACUCAAAAUUGAAAAAUAAAAUAUCAACAUACACACAAAGAUCACGAUGGGGAGGAUUAAAGAUAUUUCUUUUUUUGAGUCACACAACUCGUACCUCAUAUUAUUUUUUAUUUUACAAAAACUCGUAAAAUCCUUUUUUUUAUUUAUUUUACUUUAUCCUUUUAUAUUAAUUC